UCUAGUAGCAACGGAUAGGCGCGCGGUGUAGGUAGAUCCUCGUUCAUGAUUGUGCGGAAAGACAGAUCGAAGGGAAGGGAUGGAAGGCAGCCGGGCUAGUCUACUCGAGGAUGUCGCGUCCUGGCGAUGCGAUGUCGAGACUCGUGCUCUCCAUUGUGCGUUUGAAGCUUUCCAUUCGAGAUACUCUUCCUUGGUCUGCAGAAGCGAGCAAGCACGAUACGCAUGCGGAAAACAGCACUUAGUUGGUAUGUGCGGAUGAACAACCAGCGCGUAGAACAGUAUCACGGUUUCAGAGACUCUUUCACGAAAGCGACUGGGGUUUUCGAUAUCCUCACGACAAAAUAUAUUUGCUACUUCUGCUGUGGUUGUCGAAAGUCUCCUUUACGAUGAUGGUGACGCGGCGACGGGCGAGUCCCCGUCGCGGCAGCAUGGUCGACUCGCGCACGCACUUACAUUCGUUUUUUCCCGGUCACCUCGUGAUCCUACUGUUCAGCAUCAUUAUACCGGUUCUAGGCACGCCAAUAUCGUACUUCCCCCUAAAUUCACAGCUACCACCCGUGGCGCGCGUCUCGGAACCGUUCUCAUUCGUCUUCUCGCCCCUGACAUUCUCGUCUGACGCGGACGAGAUGAGCUAUGCACUGGGAGACGGUUCACCUUCAUGGCUCUCGCUUGAUAGCGCAUCGCGAACACUCUCCGGCACCCCGGAUGAAGCCACAAUACCCUCAGACGAGACGCUAGUCGGUAUUGUCAUCACGCUCAUAGCGAGCGACGACACAGGCUCUAUGGACGUAAAUGCCACGCUCGUUGUGUCACGUAGUCCAAAGCCUGUCGUGCGAAUACCGCUCGUAGAUCAGAUCAAAAAAUUUGGGGUUUACUCCGCACCAUCAUCCAUAUUGCUUCACCCGUCGAGUGAGUUCGAAUUCGAAUUCGAUCCCAAUACUUUCGGACCCGGCGUCGCAAAACUUCGGGACGGACAGGGCGGGGCCAACGGCGACAAGGGCAACAGUAAAGCUGUAAAAAGAGAUGUAGAUGGAACUAUGAGCGGAACAGAGCUACCGCAACUGAGUUACUAUGCAGUGUCAGGCAAUAAUGCGCCGCUCCCUUCCUGGGUAGCAUUUGACCCUAAAAGGCUCGCCUUCUCAGGCAAGACACCACUAUCAGCAGCUAUCGCGCAGCCACCUCAGAAGUUUGAUUUCCAGCUGGUAGCUUCAGAUGUCGUUGGGUUUUCAUCGGCCGCCAUCGAAUUCUCUAUCAUUUUGGGUAACCACGAGCUUAUGAGCAAGGAGCCCAUCAUACUAUUAAACGCCACGAAGGGGAAACAGUUUGAAUACACAGACCUACCCAGCAUUUUACAGCUAGAUGAGAAACCUCUUAAGGCUGAAGAUGUUUCGUCUAUUAAGGCGGAUGGGCUGCCGCCGUGGCUCUCUUUUAACGAAGAAUCGUGGAAGAUCAGCGGGACACCGGAUAUGGAAGCACAGCCAACUAACGUCACGAUUGUGGUGGUGGAUAGCUUUUUGGAUGCUCUGAAUAUUACCCUGGCUAUCGAGUUCAACGAGACAAUCUUCAUGUCCAAUCUUCCCAGUCUAAAUGUAUCAGCCGGGGAAGACUUUUCCUUGGAUCUUCAGAAGUUCCUCUCCACCCCGAACGAUACACAACUGGUGGCCAAGAUACAGCCCGAUAACUCUUGGAUUCAGUUCGACGAAUCAUCUAUGAUACUCUCGGGAACAGUACCCAAGCCUCCAGAUGCAAAACUUGCCGACGACGUCCAGAUUAGCUUCGAUGCGACCCAAAUACACACAAAUAUAAAAGAGACCAAGGACAUGAUCAUCCACGUCAACAAGUCCGCUGUUGAUCUUUCGCCCACACCUGAGCCUCCUCCAACAAAGGCCCCCACCAAGGAAUAUGAUUCACGGAGAGACUUAUACUGGCUCCUUGUCAUUCCUGCCUUGGUCAUUGCGGUAGCUAUAAUCCUGUGGAUCUUCAUGGUACGGAGGCGACGGAACCAACCGAAAAAGCUUGACUUUUCAGAGGUCUCAGGACCUGUGCCGGGUACCUUCGUGGCUAAUGGAUACAUGGAUCCAUCGUUAGACGAGGUACGUAGGAUGGUGGACACGGGACCGCAGGCGCCGUACGUAGGACCCUACUCGCCACCGGGUGCUUCCAAUCUCAAAAAAUCGCUAUCAAAAAUGAAACCGAAAAUCCAAGUGGACCAGAUUACGCCACCCGGUAUGGCCAAGAAAUCGAGAACAAUUAAGCCAGUACAUCAAGGUAAAGGCAACGGAGAGUCGUGGCUCGGCGGUCGGCCUUCUCGACCGUCUCCCGUAGGCACUGAUGAAGUCAGUUUGCUAUCAUCCAAUUCAAGUUGUAGUCGAGUCAUACACGACGCCAAAAAUCUCUUUGUCAAAAAGUUAAGACCAGGGGACAAGGUGCCAAAGAAGAAAAUCGGUCUAGAAGUCCCAGAAGUCCCUGAACCGUUCAGUAUACAACCCACUCCGGAUCUAGCUUACAGGGUAGCGGGAAAGUAUGACUAUGUCUCUGACGAAGACACACAGCCUUCUGUCGGUUCCUCAGAGCGACAGAGACCGGCCCACCCACAGAACACAAGUCUCGCCCAUCAAGGGGCGGGAAAUAGGCUCUCCCAAGCCUGGAAGCGAAUGAGCAUCUCUAAAGCGGAGGAUACAAAGCGCAAUAGCCAACAUAGUGCGUCGACAGAUGCAACGACUUGUACAAGCAUUCUCACUUCUGGAGUCACUGAAGAGGCAACAACGGCGAGCGCAAACGUUGUCGCUAAGCCGACGAUAAUUCACAUAGGCGGUCGGCCAGGAGAGGCGCGACAGUUAAGUAGAAGAACCGGGGGCUCUACAACGUUCUUUGCUGGUGGUUCUAUCACAAAGUCUCAGCGAAAUUUCGGACUAGAUAAAGACACGAUGUCAGGGUCAGUUUAUUCGUCCGCUACACCCAAAGAGCAGGGUGUAGCUCGUGAUACCAAAACAACAUGGGAUCACCAGACAACUAGUCCUCUGGGCAUAUCAUAUCGAAAUCUUAUUCCUCAGAAGCGAGGGGAUACUUGGAAUACCGAUAUCACAGAUGAAGAAUUACUGUCUCCGUCCCGGUGGCCCAAGCCGGCUGUGACGCCAGGUCAGGCCAUCACAAGUGAUGUACUCCUGGGUCCGAGCAAGCCAGCUCAGCCACCUCCGUUCAAGCUACCCAACAAGGCCGAGUCACCAGGAACGCCUAUGGGUAAAGGGAAGAAGAGAUCAAGUCCUAUGCGCAGGUUGAGCCGGAUUCGCGGCUCCAUCUCAUCCCUUUCGCAGACGCCACCAACGCAUACGCGAAGCAAGGGACGCUCUUCUCGAGAGGAACGGCUACGUCUAAGUCGCAUCCGAGAGCAGAAAGCGCUCGACGAAUUCCGAGUUAUGAUGUCACAUACGCCAUCACCUCACAAUGAAUGGGCACCCUCGCGAGUCAGACCACUGCCAGAGACGCCAUCUAGGAUAAGUAAACCGCCAGUAGCGGUUGAUCACGCGAACGAGCCGAGAGGCCUUAAGAGCACGGCCUCGAAGCGGAGUGUGAAGACGUUGCGAAGUAACAAGAGUGUGAGAAGUACGCGGGCGUAUGAUGACGAUGAUGACGAUGCCUGGGAGGACAUACCACCACCUGAGUCGGUGAUAUUGGGAUGGGAAGGGGGUGGUAGCGAUGGUAGUUUUCCCGUUUAUAUCUGAGGUGCACGAUCAUGAGCCGUGAGACCGGUCUGUGUUUGUAAUACCCGAUCUUAUUUUUCCCUGGUUAGCAAAAGUUCCAAGUUUGAACUCAAUCCCAUUCCGGAAGUAACAUGCAUCUUGCUCGACUGUGACCUCCAGGUGAUACUAAUGUCAGAUCCCUGGCUAUGAGCGGUGUUUAGUGAUAAUAAAUUCACGAUAUAUUCUGGUUGUACAAAGGGAUGUUAAAAUGAGCUGUCUCAUUUAACAUGGUAGGUGUUGCGUGGUAGUCUGUGUUGGAAUAGGUUCGUGAUUCUCCCUGUGAAACCCCGGCUACGGCGAUGGUGGUGCAGGUCACGGGAUGACACAAGGCCGCAGCAAUCCCAGAGUCUGGGCAGGAAUAUUCCCGUCUAGGCAAUCUUUUUGGACCUACGAAGACUCGACCGCGUCAGCAGGAUUGACCGGGUUCGGCCGGCCGCACCG